AUGAGUGUGGAUGAUUUCGAUGAACUAUUUAAGGAAACAAGUACAAACAUUAAUGAGCUAGUACGGCUGACCAAUUCUAGAAAAUUUGGUACUGAGGAAUUCGGAGAAUCGUUGCGAUCAUUUCUUCUUAGUCAAAACCUUGAUAAUAGAUCAAUUGAUUCGACAAAAUAUCGUACAAAAGUUGCCGUAGAUAUAUUGUCAAAAUCAUCAGUUUUGGUAAAUCUCGUUUCAAUUUAUCGUGAAUUGGGAAGAAUGGCUAUUCCUUUAAGUUAUUUUACAUUGAAUCCACUUCCUGUUAAUAAAUGGAUCCUUAAACUAAUCGAAUUUCAACAAUCCCUGUCGAAUUAUAUGACCGUUAGUAUAAUGUUCACACAGAAACUGAUUAAAUCCGAUGUGUAUUUAACGGAGGUACGGCGUAUAUUAAAUGCCACCAAAACAAUGAAAAUAUCUGAGCAUCUUGUUCGAUCACUGACAUAUUUCAUUAUUUCUGGAUUAAAUACUGCGCUAUUUUAUGAAAACGAAUUCAUUACAGAAAGACUUAGAAACUAUGGUCUGCGUAAUAUUUUAACUCGUUAUACUUGCCAAGAUCAGAAAAUUAAGUUAGCCAUAAUCAUUUUUUUAACAUUCACUUACACUGAAGUCAGUCAACUUCAUCUAGAGGAAGAGUCCAUUGAAUUAUUCUUGGACUGGUUCGAUAAUUUUGUGGACGAAAGGAUCGAAAAUCGUGACUUGUUUAAUGCCUUUCAAUUUAAUAAAGUGCUACGUAUUCUGGCUUUGAACAGUGAGAACAGAAAUGCAUUUGUCCAACGUCGGGAUGUUGCGAGGCGCUUGAAGGCGUUGCCUAAAUCUCUAUUUCAUGAGACAGAUGACAUAUCAUUGGCUAUACGCAUUUUAUCCUCUGAAAUUUCGAAUGAUGAUGCCAUCAUGGAAAUGAAGUUACUUGCAAUGGUAUUUUGCAACAGUGUAACUGAAAUAGAAGAUGAAGUUAGAACAUUUUCUGGAAGUUAUAGUGAUGAUGAACAUUCACUGCUAUAUCCACUGCCUGAUCAUGAAACCAAUGACGUAGAAGUUCACUUAUGUGAAGCGAAAAAAAAUAAAUCUCCUCAAUUAAAUGGUCAUAUUAUGAUUAGCUACAAUCAUGCAAAUCAAGAAAUGGCAAUGAAGAUUAAAGAAAGACUGGAAAAGGAAGAUUUCAAGAUUUGGGUUGACAAAGACCGUACGGUUCAUGAUGUUAAAAUUUUCGAUGCGAUGGCAAAUGCUAUUAUACAGAAUUCUGCAGUUGUAUUGAUAAUUUUUUCUAAACCAUAUCAAGAUAGUGAAUAUGCCAAAGCAGAAGCGGAAUACACUCAAAAACUAAAGAAACCAAUUAUAUUUCUGCAUGUUGAACCAAGUUUUGUUCCAGACGGUUGGUUGAGUUUCAUGAUAGGUGAAACUCAUUGCAUAGAUUUCUCAGGAAAAUAUGGUUUUGAAGAAAAAUUUGAAGAAUUAUGCACUACAAUUCACAAUAUUAGUCGAGGAUCAAUCAAUGUGAAACAAGAGAACCUGGUGUAUGUUGUUUGUAUACUAACUAGUUGUGAAUAG